AUGGCUUCGACCGAGUCCCGAAAACCCUUUCCCCAACCAGCUGCGGGGUACACGCAAUCCUUUUGGCGAACUGAUUUGGAUCCCCUGGAUAGUCACCGGAGUACCCCAGAUCUACCAAAAGAGACAGAUAUCUUGAUUAUCGGUGGUGGGUAUGCAGGAGCAUCGGCUGCUUAUCACCUCUUCCCCGAGGACCAGCAAGGAACUCCCCCGAAGGUUGCCCUUCUCGAAGCCCGUGAAUUAUGUUCGGGUGCCACUGGAAGAAACGGUGGCCAUCUGCGACCAGAUCUGUACUCAAUGACUGCGACGUACACACAGCGAUAUGGAAUUGAAGCUGCUGUAGAGGUUGUUCGGUUUGAGAUCUCUCAUAUGAAAGAACUCGAAAACCUUGUUCGAAAGGAGAACAUAGAAUGCGAUCUCACCUUCACUCGGUCAUACGAUAUCUACCUUGAUGCGGAUCAACUCGCGACCGCGAAAAGCUUUUAUAAUUUUCUGGUUGACCAAGGUCUGGAUUUCAUAGAUGAUGUCAAGUAUCUGUCGAAAGAAGAUGCUCAAGGAACAACCAAGGUGCGAGAUGCACAAGGCGGCUUCAGUUUUUCGGCCGGUCAUCUUUGGCCUUACAAGUUGAUAGCCGGUCUCCUCCGCAUCGCGGUCUCUCGAGGUCUCAAUCUCCAAACAAAUACCAUGGUCACCGAGAUUGGCCAAACCCGAACGCCAGAAGGUCUUUGGCCCGUCACGACAGACCGUGGCAUUAUCUACGCGCGGAAGAUCAUCCUCGCUACGAACGCAUUCACAAGUGCUCUCGCAUCGGAGUAUUCGAAGGCUAUUGUACCCUGCAAAGGACUUUGUACACAUAUCGAAGCGGCACCUGGCGCCCCCUAUCAACAACUACCGGAGACUUACGCUAUUCGACUCGGGUCAGGAGCUUUUAUCUACCAGAUCUCGCGCAAAGAUGGAUCGAUCAUUGUCGGCGGUGCACAGUAUACCUACAAAGAUGCACAGGAGCAGUGGCACAAUAAUCCCGAUGAUGGAACGCUGAUCAAGAAUGUUGAGAACUACUUUGAUGGGUAUAUGCAGCGGACCUUCUUCGGCUGGGAAGAUAGCCAGGCGACGGUGACACAUAAAUGGACUGGAGUAAUGGGCUACAGUGCAGACUCUUUGCCACAUAUCGGAGGUAUCCCGGGGAAGCCAGGGCAAUUUAUUGCGGCAGGAUUCAACGGACAUGGUAUGCCAGUGGUUUUCCUGUGCGGAAAGGCGAUUGCGCAAAUGGCCCAGCAAUCAGUAUCCUUCCAAGAGACUGGUCUCCCCAAGCUAUUCGAGACAUCUGCUGCUCGACUGGACCCAGUAUACGAUGACACCCUUGGCUGA